CGUACUCGCCUGGGAAAGUUAUCAGAUACAGACUAUAACUUCGUGCUGAAAGGGGAGAACGGGGUUACAGAAUCUCAAAAUGGCGGAGGGUUUUACCGAAGUUUAUCAAGAUGAGGUGAUAUAACGACAGGAGCAUGGUGGAGGCUAAAGAAGAGCCGAACUGUGGUCACUGUCCCAUUAGAGACCGAUGAUGACCGUUUGACCCGAGGGGUUAUCUGGACCCUACAUACCAUGUAGUGGGAUUUACCUCGCAUGGCGUUACAUGGUGAAAUUUAUUAUUAUGCAUUAGAAGUGAGUGGAAGCUAUGUUGUGUUUGUGAAACAGUGAAUCUUCCCUUCUUUGUACAUAGUGUGUAUAAUUUUUGUGGUAUUUAUCAUUAUUGUGUACAGAACAGAAGAUGCUAAUUAUUGAUGUUCAAGGAAUGUUAUUACUAGUGCUGUAUUAAAAAUUUCAUCACGUAUUGUAAAUAAAUAUGGAAGACCCGACAAUGGAGGAACAAAACGAGGCAAGCAUUGAACCAGAAACAGAACAGAAUGAUGCCAGUCUAAACCCUGAUUUAGAUCCAGGAUCUGAUCAGGAACAAGAGCUGAAGGAUGACAAAGAUCAGUUUGGUUCAAACCAGCAGGAUACAGUGGAAGAACAAGCAAGAUGUUCUGUUUCACCAAAGAUAGCCAGACCCAAACUUCCUGAAUUCACAGGUAAUGGCCGGAUUUCUAGUCAUGCUCGCUCUAAAACUGAUCCUGGAAGGGGAGGGGAAAUCAAGGCGAUCAUUGAUAAAACAAUGGAAGACAUCAAAGAACUAAAUAAAGUGGACUUUACAAUCUAUAACCGUCCAAAAGUUUUUCCUAAACCACUACAUCAAAGAUCUCAGUCCCAACAUGCGUCUCCCCGUGCCUCGCCUACCCCGAGCUCUCCUUCCAUGGAGGAGAAAGUAUCUGCACUCAACAGGAACCGUAGUCGUAGUCUUAAAGUGCUAACAGACAUGUUGAAAAGUGGGCGCGGGGGUAACGAUUUCAGAACGGGCAACAUUCCAGAUGUGGGAAAUGAAGUCAAAUCCAACAGUGACAGUCAGUUGCUUCCUCGCCGUCAGAGAGAGGGUAAGGAAUCAAGUGUUGAGCGUCGGUCGAGCUCUGAUGGUCAGUUGCAGGCUAAUCGUCAGGAUUCUUCAGGACGUGCAAUUGACGAGUCUGGAGUUCAUGAUGCUCGAACAUCAGAUAUUUAUUCCCAUCGCAGAGAAUUUGGACAAUCUGAUAGACACUCUAGUGAUCGGAGUGAACACAAGCAUAAAGGGAGCACACUUCCUCGGUAUAGACAGGAGUCGGGUAAAUUCAGGCGUGCCAAAAGUGAAGUGCGCAAAGCUGCACCAGUGUCGGACGAUGAAGGGUUAGAUGUUACAUCAGAUCAUGAAUCUGGAAGUCAUGGUUUAGUGAAACCUUUUCAUUCAAUUGACACAAACUCAAAGUUUUUUACAUUAUAUAAGACUAAUCCUUCCAAGAGAAGACCUCAUUUUAGUGGUUUUGUAAAGUCACGCUAUAAAUCUAAUUCUCAGGGCGAGGAACAGGUAACUAGGCCAGAUGAUCAAAUUGGUUCAGCUAAUAGGAGAUUCACACGCCUUGAGCUUACACCUCUCACAAGCAAGAACACCAAAAGUCGACUUUCAUCCCUCAGACAUGUGACUCACCCUCCGCAGUCCCAGACAACAUUCCGAGAGGGUGGAACAAUGGACUCAAAUGGGUUUGGCACACUUUUGAAGUCUCCAAGCACAGAGAGUCCUCCACCUUUCCCAGGAGAGGCGGAGAAAACAAGUGACCUGUCACUGACAGACAGUCAGACUGGCCAUAGUGACAGCAUGGAUGAGGCAUCGUAUGGCGAGCAGGAUGAUCAGAGCGAAACUCAGACAGAAUCCUGUGAUAACACCAGUGACGUUGAUACCAUCAAACCAGCAGAGAAAAAAGGUAAUGGGAAAACUUUAAAACAGAAAUCCAAGAGCGAUCCUAGUUCGGACAAAAGUCAAUCAAUAGAUCAGUCAGAACUGCCUCAAUUGAUUGCUGUGUCUCAAAGCACUCCUCAUUUGUCAACAGAUGGUAGCCAGGAUGCCGAUGAGGAGGUAACUCCAGAGGCUACCAUGGAUACGGACAGCCAGGAAGAGGACAAAAGACAGCGUACCCUGAGUUCUCAUGAAUCAUUUGAUGAUGGAAUGCCUCUUCAAUUUGAUACUACAUGCAGUACGGGAGGAAGUGGUAGUCCCAUGUCUUAUUCUAUAGAGGAGGAGGGAAUGUUGUCCCCAGAUAGUGAUGGCCCUCCCCCUAGUUUUGUCUCGGUGAUGUACGGGGUGACUUCUGCUCCGACCACCCCUGUCAAUCAGUCCCCUACAAAUACACUGGAACGUACAAACUAUCUCAAUGUCCCUACCAGCGUCACAAUCUCCAGCACAUCUAACAAUAAGAAGUCUAUUGGGCGAAGUGCAAGCUCUGCUAGUGUACUGCAUCGGGAACGAAAGUUCUCAGGUGGUAACAAGGAGAAGGACACUAUACGUAAACACAGUGUAACUAUUGGCGAUGAUGCCGCAGCCACAUCUAAGCCUGAGUUAUUCCCCUUGGGGGACAGCAGUAGCAUGCAGGCUCUUAGCAUGCCCAGUAUGACAUCAACGUGGAAGAAGGAGCGAGGACCCUCUAUGUCUCCAGAAAGGGACCAGUCUCUAGUCAAGGACAAACGAUACCACAUCGUUGAAGAAUUUUACCACAAUGAAAAAGAAUAUGUAGAGGCUUUGCAGAAACUUAAAGAUAAAUACAUGACCCCAUUGAAAGUGUCAAGUAAUAUAGACGAAGCAGUCGUGGAUAAUAUCUUCUACAUGAUCCCGGAGAUACUUACUCAUCACACCAUAUACCUAGACUUCCUGGAGAAUGUAUGGGCCAAGUGGGACACCAAAACCAGCACCAUAGGAAAUAUCAUCAUAGGCAUUUUUUCAAAGCAGACAGUGGUUGAUAGCUAUCUGUCGUUUGUGGAAAACUACAGAACCUCUGGAAAGGUUAUAGAAAAUGCCCUGCAGACCAAGUCAUCAGUGCAAAAGUUUCUAGAGCAAUGUCAGAGAGACAGUGGGAGUAAAUUGUCAAUGAAAGACCUUAUCGUCCGUCCUAUCCAGCGAAUUCCACGCUAUGAACUUCUCAUACAGCGUCUGAUUGAGAACACACCCCAUGACCACCCCGAUUUCCCACUACUGAAGGAGGCAGAGCGAGUGAUGCACAACUUCGCCAUCAAGCUGGGUACGGUGAAUGAGAGCCAACAUGAGGAGGACCAACAGAGCACACUCAAGAAGCUCGAGCUGCUUGUCCCGGACAUGUCCCCGUUGGUGGCACCAGACAGACAGUACCUCAAGCAUGACAUGGUUCAGAUCCUGACUAAAAAGGACCAAUGUUGUAUAUGGAUAUUUUCUGACCUGGUCAUAUUCAGCAGCGUGAAGAGGCGUGGUGGACCAGUUACCCGCAAAGUCUCUGUAAUCCUGAAAUCUCCGACUGGAAAUGAAUAUGCAGAGAACAUUAAACACAAAGUUUGGCUUCGGGUGGGACUGGACAACAUAGAAAUAGUCAAGAGUCAGAUUCCGCCCAGUAAGAAGCCUUCCCUGGACCCUGAUCAACUAGAGGAAGACAUCAACAUCCUGACGGAGAUUUCAGACAUGACCAAUAAACUUAAUUACCCACAUUCUAGUCUUGAUGAUGUCACUAAGGAGAUGCUGGCAUCUUUAAAUAAACAACUUUCUGAAGUUUGCAUACGAAGUCCAACUUUAGAUUCAAAUAAAAUGGAAAUUCUAGUCACAACACAGGAAGGAGUGUAUCCCCUGGAGAUCUGCUUUACUUCUGCUGAGAAGCGAGCCAUCUGGGAGUCAACCUUACUGGACGCUAAACAGAAAUUAUCAUUGCUCUCGGACAAGAGAGCACCUGAGUUUCAGCAGCCGUUACAAAUUACGAAGACAAGAGCUGGCAUGCAGUUUUCCUGUGCAGCCCCAAUUGACGGCCUCAACAACAGUGGUUACCGUGAUGUGUGGGUGUGUAAUAGCGAUGGAUAUGUUGGUCACAUGUGUCUGUUGAGUCUCCAGCCAGAGCCGAUCGUUACCCUGAACACACCUGUACCGGGCUGUAAUGCCCGUAUCCUGUGUAUAUGUGCGGUUCCUGCCUUCAGUGGGCCAUUUAGGAGGAAGAGCAGCUCAAAGAAAAACCUCCAUAAACACUCUGUUCCACCAGUAUCAGAGGAUGGUCCCCAGAUCAAUAUCGAGGAGGUAGACGACGCCUCAGAGCCGGAGGAAGAUACAGCCUCUGGGUAUCAGACAGACUCGGAGUCGAGUGAGGAAGAGGAAGAAGAGGAGUUAGAGGAGGAAGGAGAGAAAGGAGAAGGAGAGAAAGGGGAUGGAGAGAGAGAGUUAGAGGGGGAAGAGGAGGUACAACAAGAGAAGGAAGAAAGCAGCAGUGAGGCUGUAUUUGACAACAAACCUAAAGACUUGUACUUAGGAGAGUCGGAGGGUAAGGCAAGCCCGGUGUCUCAGCUCAUCAACCUCGACCCCUUCACCAUGACUGGUAACUGGCUGCAGGAUGCUCACAAGAGUACCAUGUGGCUGGGCACAGAGGAUGGCUGUAUACACAUAUUCCAAUGCACAGACAAUAUCAAAACUACCAAGAAUAAACUGAAGAUUCAUCACGGGUCCCCAGUCUAUUGUAUAGUAUAUUUAGACAACAAGGUGUUUGUUUCCUUAGCCAAUGGGGACUUGAUCGUGUACAAGAGAGACUCAGAUGGAAUCUGGGAUACAGAGAACCCUUACACUCGCACUGUUGGCAGUGUUAUUUCCCCUAUCAGUCGUAUGUUGGCUGUGGCAGGCAAACUCUGGUGUGGCUGUCAGAAUAUCAUGAAUGUCAUCAACCCUCUCACACUUCGAAUUGAGACAACCUUCCAGGUAACAACAGACUCGAGUCGCUGUAUCCAGUGCCUUGUGUGUGCGGGACAGGGUGUGUGGCUCGCCUCACAACACAGCUCAAAGAUCUCCCUCUAUCAUGCUACAUCCUUUGAGCCACUGCUUGAGGUCAACAUAGCUCACUCGGUGGCCCAGAAACUUCAAUCGGCUGAUGACAUCAUUCGACAACACAAGGCGGCUUGCCUGCGAAUCACAGCUUUGCUGGUGUGUAAGGACCUGCUAUGGGUGGGCACCAGUGCUGGUGUGAUCCUCACCAUACCCAUGCCCCGCAUCACGUCCACCUCCACACGUGGCUCCAUAUCCACCCCUUCAGUUACAGGUCUGGUGUUUGGUCAUACGGGACAUGUAAGGUUCCUGACCUGUGUAGAACUAACAGCUCCGUCAUCCCCAACGACACCCAAACCCCGAACUGAAGAUGAGGAAAUGGAGGAUAAACCAGAAAAUCUCGCAAUUCAUGACAUUCACCGCCGAUCUUCAAUGGCGGCCACAACAGCUACCAUGGCAACAAGGAUGCUGGUCAUAAGUGGUGGAGACGGAUAUGAAGACUUUCGCAAUAAUUCAACCAAUGAAGUUGCAGGACGUGAUGAUAGCACCAACCACUUGUUACUAUGGCAGGUGUAAAUUGGAUAUGUUUGGUGGAAUACUGACAUUUAGUAAUGAUAAUUAUUAUACCGUUACUUGUGUUAAACAUAAGAAACUAGUAUUGUGAUUUCUGGAGCACGUGAUUUACGACAUUUGGAGGUCAUUGUUUUACAAGUGUGAAUGAGGACUGCCAGAGAGAUGAUGGAGCAAUUUUACUUCUGUUCUUACAUUCUGUUCUAGUUAUAACCUUACAGUACAUCUGUAUUUGUGAUAUUGAGAUCCUCAACAGUCUGCCUUGUUAAAUUUGUUGUUGUGAGCUGUGACAUUUCUGGAGAAAAGGCGUCUCAUCACUAACUCUACAAUCAAUUAUUUUAUGUAAUGAAGAGGGCUGUGAAAUACAAGACUUAGUGUUAUAUUACUGGAGCGUAGCAGAGAGGUACAAAUCAAAACUCUCACCAACAAUACUCUAUUUCAGAUGUUGUGAUUAAUAUUUGUUUGUGUAAUGAUGUUGUAAAAUUGAUAAACAACAUUCUUGAAGCUGCAAGCUACAUUUGACGCUUCAUGACAACAUGAUACUGAUGUGUAAAUUAAAGAGGUGCUUAUUCAGGGAUGAAGGUAGCUUAAGUGGUGCUUUAGCCAAAAGGUAAUAUUUGCAUUUAGUAGUAUUAUUUUAAUUGAAUAUGGUUGUUUUAAUGCAAUUUGGCAGAAUGUCAUGCAAUGAAAAAGGUGCUAGGAUUUUAAACUAUGCAUUAUAUGUGAAAUAGAGAUCAACCCAUGCAUUAUUUUAAAUUUUUAUUACAAUUUUGUCAUGAAGUCAAAUUUCAUUUUAUUAUAAAUGUAAUUUUAGCUUGUCUAACAUUGAAGUUUUCGCAUGGUCAAAUAGAAGUCAAGUCAGAAUUUAUUAAAAAUCAAAACUAGUUUUAACUCUGCUAUUUUUUCUAAUAUUUUUUAGAUUGGUGAGCUAUGUUCUCUUGAGAACUCUUAUUUUCUUGACAGAAAUGCGGAUCUAGGUGAUUGUUUAAAAAAAAAAUGUACAUGAUCAGGUACAGUUUUCGGAAGUACGACUCUAGAUUAUUUCUAGACUUUAUUCCAGUUAUUCUUUAAGAAUCUGUGUUGAUAUUGAAAUGUAACAAAUUCAGUACGUUCAAUCUUAUUAUCCACUUAAUUCCUUCUGCAAUUCAGAAUCUAUGACUACUACACCUAAGUAGCUAUCGUUAAACUGACUACAAUAAUUGAGCCUAAUAUGAGAAUCUAUGACUACUACACCUAAGUAGCUAUCGUUAAUUUGACUACAGUUAUUGAGCCUAAUAUGUGAACCUAUGACUACUACACUUAAGUAGCCUACCGACUACUCUUUUAGAAUGAUUCUUACAACUGUCUGUAGUGGACCAAGUCAGGAUAAGUGUAAAGGGGGGUACGAAAUGUAUAUGACAUAUGUAACAAAACAUAUACCAGUUCUUACGGUACAAAACAAGUCAAUUUUAAUCCUCUAUUUUAAUAUGCAUUUAUUUCAAAUCAUGUGCAUAUGUUUCACACAUGUUUUAACUUAAUUGUAGUGGAACACAUCAAAUUGUAUUGAAAUAUAUUUUUUAUCAUGAUAUGUACCAUUUCAUGAUUGAAGUACUUUGACCUCAUAUUCUGAAAUAUUUUAAAGGUUGUCUCCCUUUGACACAGGUUAAAACAUUAUUCAUUAUAUGAUAAAGGAUAUCAAAUAAGACAAGAAAUAUUCACAAGAAAAAAUGAUUGAAUUGAAUGGAUAACCUUAUAAGUUAAUUGACUUUAAAUCAUGAUAAUUAUUUCAACAUAGAUGCAUUUUCCGAUUUCUGAUAGAUGCCAUACUUUCAUCUUUGGUUACCCAUGUAUGCCAUUCAAUAUUUUCAGGGUUAUCAUUUUUGUUUAAAAAUGUCUUCCUCUAUUGAUAAUUUUCUUUAUGAUAUUAUUCAAGAACUUUAAGCCUUAAUUAUGUGUUUUACCAAAUUUGGUAGUGCCUUAACUGUACAACAGGCCUAGAUUAGCCAUGGAAGGAUUAUACUGAACAGGUUGUUAUUUUGAUGCUCUUUUUUCUGUUUUUGAAGAUGAAUAUAAUUAAUUGCAAAAACUUGAUAUCUUUAACACACAGGAUUCCCGACAUUUCCUCACAAAAAUGUCAUCUGUUUAAAUUGAUAUAACUACAUAAUGUGUAAUGGAAAAAAUGUAUUAAACUUGAAUUUUACCUUGAACAUAUACCACAAGAAAUCCAAUUUCUUUACGUUAAACAUCAAUAUGUAACCAUUGCUUUGAAUGAGUCAGCAGAAAAAAAAUCAUCAUUAUCUCCUUAAUUAUGAAUAUGACAAUGAAAACAAACAAUGUUAAGUAUUUUUUAAUUAAUUUAUUGAAUUUGAGAGUCGUUUUCCUGAAAACUUAACAGAAUUUUUUCAUAUGACUAAUGUAGAUCCUAUGACUUUAAUUAAAAUAAAAAGAUCAAUAGAAAAAUUAUGAUUUGAUUAAUAAAAAUAUAUCUUUUUGUCUUCAACUUCAGGUGAAACUGAAAAUUCUAACCAUGGAAAUAAAUGGCCUUUUAAUAUGGUAUACAACCUAUUAGGUGGUUUAACAAGGUUACCUCAUUUUACUUGGAAUCAGCAUUUUGUAGAAGUUAACUAACAUAGUAUACUGGACAUUUUCAGACUAAUUUUCAUCACAUUCUAGGAGCAAAAAUCUUUAAUUUCAAGCACAAGUUUCAUACAACAUGAUCUAAACUGCCAUUGUUUGAUUUUAUUAUUACAACGCUUUACAUAGUGAUCUGAUGUUUUAUUAUUUUAUAUCAUUAUUAUUUUGUUUUUAUUUCUGUUGUAUAUUUUGUACAUAUUAAGUCAUUCUGAAUGUGAUCAAAAUGUUAUGCUGUAUUAGGGAUAUAUAUAACUUAUGUACAUAGAUACAAAUGUAUAACAAAAUUAUUUAUGAAUUGUAUAUAAAUGGGAUGCACCCUUUUUCAAUUUAAAGAAAUAUAUGAUUGAUGACAUUUGAUUACCUUGUAUAGUGCUUGAUUUAUGAGCUAUUUAUCAGAAGUUUUAACAUGCUUUUCUAGUCUAGCUUUGUACAUAUAUGUAUAUAUAUUUGUGUUCCAAUUUAGGCACAAAAAAGAAAUGUGAAUUGUUUUUCUGUAUUUAUGCAAGUUUGGCAGUAGUCUAUUAACCCUGGAGGUGACGAUGACUAAACGUAGAUUAAGUGAUCUGUGUUCAGAGAGUGAUUGCCUGACACCUACACACCAGAUGUUGACGAGAUCUGAUUUCAAAUCACGUUCGGAGUGUGGCAAUAAAGUGAUGUUUCAGUACUGUGUAGACAAAUUGUAUAAAUAUGUUUGUGUGUCCCUAAAAAACCAAGUAGCAUACAGGUCAUAUCUCCUCAGUACAACAUACAGGUCUUUCUCCCCAGUACAACAUACAGGUCUUUCUCCCCA